AUGGAAUCUCUUCAUACUGGGUACAACUAUUUAUGAGAUUCUUCAGAGAAUCUCCACCCAUCAGUUAGUGCAGUCCAGGCUUACCCUCAAAAUGUGGCAAGCAGAGUUGAACCAGAAUCAGACAUAAUAAGCAUCCAUGACACUCAAUCUGAAGAAUCAGAGUGCUCCCCUAUCUACGAAGUAGAAAAGGUCCUGAAAUCAAGAAUGGUCGACGGGCAAGAGCAGUUCUAUGUCAAAUGGGUAGGCUAUCCCUCCACUGAAAACACAUGGGAGCCAAUCCUAAACUUCGGAGAAGGUAAUCUACCUCUUCAGAGGUUCCUCCAAAAACGGGAACGAAAGAAUGAGCUUCGAAGACAAAAAGCUCAGCUUGCUGAAAAGAAGCGAAUUAAAUAAAGAGAAUCGUAAGAAAUUGAAUAAAAGGAAAAGGCUGACCAAACUAUCAGAUAUUAUGGAAAAUUGUCACUUGGAUGAAAAGAAAAGUUGAGUUUUGGAGGAUGCCUCUGAUUUGGGAAAGGAAAAUUACUGUGAUAGCAAGCUUAAGAAGAUGGAUGUUCAAGCUGAAAUUGAGGGAGACAGAGCAAAUGGAGGAGGCAAAGGAAAUGAUGAAAAUAAAGAGCCAAAUGAUAAGAAUAAGUCUUUUAAUGAGAAAGAGAAUUUAAAAAUAUGUAAUAGUGCUAAUUUGUCAAGAAAAACUGCGGCGGAUGACUGCGAUCCAAAAAGUAAUGAUGAUAAUAAUGUUGGCUAUCAAAAACAAAUUGAAUGUUGUUCAGAUCGUAAUUCAAGCGAGAAUAUUAUCAAAGGAAGUAAUAGAGCUUUCCAAAUAUCAGUUAAAGAGCCUAACUGUUCUAAUUUACACAGAAAGAUGCAUGCAGAGUUUUCUUUAAAAGAAAUUUGCCCACCUAAAUCAUCUACUAGUGAGCUAAAAUUUCGAAUUAAAGAUCAGAAAACUGCAAGAAGCACCUCUGAUAGUAUUUUACAUUUAGAAUGUAAAAAGAAAUGACUGCCGUUGAAAGAUAAAGAAGCCACAGGUAAAUUUACAUCAAUAAAUCUUGUUAAAAACAGUGAAAGCCAGAUUGAAAAGAAUUCUAUAAAUAAAUCUGAUACUAAUAAACCAUCAGAAUCCUCUCCAACUUGAAAGCAGACUUCAAAUAAACCUUGAGAUCGACCUAUAAAGGGAAGUGUAGAGCAUGAUGUAAUCGACGCAAUAUUAAGAAUGAAGAACAUGUCAGGGAAACUCUAUGCAUUAGUGCAGUGGAAGAAGAGACCAGAUGGAAUACUACCUUCAAAGACUUAUGAAGAAGUAGAAAAACUCAAGAAGAAAAAUAUUAGAGAGGUUUGAGACUUUUAUGAAACUAAGAUUAAGCUUAAGGCCAGCACUGGAUAAAUUUGUUCAAUAAGUUAUUUAUUUGAA